GUAUAUAUUUUAGUAUAUUAACAUAUUUCCUGUUUAUCUUCCUUCUGUUCCUGAUGUGCUUUUCUGCAUAAACUGGGUACUUUGACGCUGUCCUACAGAAAGUGAGACCGAAUCACAAAAUUGAUAUUUAGUGAUGCUACUACACAUUUGAAGGCAAAUAUCUCCUCCGUCGCCCAGGCGAAGAUGCUGAAGACGGAGGCUUCAGCAGAAAGGACCACCCUGAGGAGUGCCUCUCCGCACAGGAAUGCCUACAGGGCAGAGUUUCAGGCCCUCAAGAAGGCCUUCGACCAGCCGAGGCAAGAUGGCGAAACCAAGAACAAAGAUCCAGAGCGAAUCCGGCAGCCACGUGGUCGGCAGUAUGGCGCACACGUCAGCCGAAUCAAGGACAUGUUUAUGCAGAUGGGCACGGAGAACACGGGUUCUGGGAGGCUUCGAGCAAGAGACGAGACAUCUCCACAGAAACUUACCAAACCGACCAAUUUCAUUAACCGGGCAGAUGGCUCAGUAAUCAAACUACAGCAUAGUGAGAGAACUGGCAACUCAAAGUUCUCAGAGACAAGGAAGCUCUUUGAGCAGAGCUCCAGAGAUACAUCUCAGUCCCCUGUGUACACAUACGGCAGAGAUAAGAGGGGUUCUCAUGAGCAUUUGGAUGAUUGGCGAGGGUCACGUUCCAACAGGGGCAGCACAGACUCCUUGGACAGUCUUUGCUCACGAGCAGAGGCGUCUUCACCAACAGUCAGCCAGCUCAGUGCUGUGUUUGAGAAUUUAGACCAUCAAGGCUCGGGUUCCACUUUCCGUAGGGGUCGCGCUCUUUAUUCACCAGAUAGCUCACUAAGACACGGAGACGCCAGUGAGGAUGACGCUAGCCUUCGUCAGUCUCCAUCACAAGGUAUGUGCGUGACACGUGUUGGGAACAAGCACGCUCUUCCAGUUUCAUCCUCCUCAGAAGAUCUUCUCAGUCCCAGCCCUUUGUCUGAGCAGGCAAAGGCUAUUGAGGAGAAUAAGGUCCAGGAGAGGAUUGUGGCAGAACAUGGGAAUGUAGGAAGCAGUGAGGCUGUAGAUGGUUCUAGAGAGCAGAUUCAGAGUGAAGAUGCUGCUGGAGAUUGCACAAACUCUGCUCAAGUUAAUGACACGUCAGUGUAUAACAAACCACAAAAGGAUACACCUGACUCAGUUGACAGCAAGGUUCAAAAGGAUAUAGAUGAGCCUAAAGAUGACUCUAUCUGGAUAGCAUCUUAUCCUACGGAAGAGCCCAAUGAGGAAUACUGUGGCAAUGAGAGGGUUAUUUACAAUGCUGACGGAGAUGCUUGCUACCAGGGCUGGGGAGAGAGCUGCACCGACGUGGAGGAUGAUUUGUAUGGGGAUGAUGAUGUUAACUAUGAUCCUGGAUCAGAGAUUACUGAGAUCCCUGGCCUUCCUGAGGAGGAAAAAGAAGAUAUACCUCCAAAACGGAAAAUUCGAUUCAGCACUGCGGUGAUAACGGUCUUUAAUACCUAUUCAAACGAGGAUUACGAUCGCAGGAACGAGGAGGUGGAUCCAGUGGCAUCUUCGGCAGAGUAUGAACUGGAGAAGAGAGUCGAGAAACUGGAACUUUUCCCAGUGGAGCUGGAAAAGGAUGACGAUGGUUUGGGGAUCAGCAUUAUUGGCAUGGGAGUAGGUGCAGACGCAGGCUUGGAGAAGCUGGGCAUCUUUGUCAAGACUGUCAUUGAAGGUGGAGCUGCAGAAAGAGAUGGAAGGAUUAAGGUGAAUGAUCAGAUUGUGGAAGUUGACAGCACCAGUCUGGUGGGUGUGACGCAGAGCUUCGCUGCCUCUGUGUUGAGAAACACUCAAGGUGUGGUCAGGUUUGUGAUUGGCCGGGAGCGUCCAGGGCAAGAGAGUGAGGUAGCUCAGCUGAUCAGUCAGACUCUGGAGCAGGAGAGGCGUCAGAGAGAGAUGAUGGAGCAGCAGUAUGCACAGUAUGAUGCUGAUGAUGACGAGACGGGAGAGUAUGCCACUGAUGAGGACGAGAACGUCGGACCUGGCAGAACUGAGAAGGACGUAACCAUUGAGGUUUUUGACUUGCCUGAAAACGAAGACCUCAUUUCACCAUCAGAGCUGGACGCCACCAAACUAUACCAGAAAUUCAGAGAGCUACAAAUCAAACACACUGUCACUGAGGCUGAGAUCCAGAAACUCAAGAGCAAGCUGGCAUCAGUGGAGAAAGAGAAGGCCCGCUGGGAGCGAGAGAGAAGCCAACUGAAGCAGAGCAUUGAGGAUAAUAAGGAAAGGAUGUUGAAGCUGGAAAGCUACUGGAUCGAGGCUCAGACUCUCUGCCACACUGUCAACGAGCACUUAAAAGAGGCUCAGAACCAGUACCAAACUCUGGAGAAGAAAUACAACAAGGCCAAGAAACUGAUCAAGGAUUUCCAGCAGAAGGAGGUGGAGUUUGCCCAGAGGGAAGAGGCAGAGAAAAAGAGACUUGAGGACGUGGAAAAGGCUCAUUUAGAUGAGAUCCAUGGGCUGCAAGUGAGGAUUACAGCACUGGAGUCAGAGCUGAUGCAGCUGAUGAAACAAAAUGGCAUUCAGGUAAACAACAACAACAACAAUGGUGUGAACAGCUGCACACAGCUGAGCGAGAGAGGUGCUGCGCUGCAGUUUCCUGAGAGACACCUCGCUACAGGAGGGUCAGACGAGCGUGUAGGCAGCGGCCUGGUGAAGGGUCAGACGCAGAUGAUUGGAGCCUUCAGCAGUGUACAAGACAGAAGCAGUUCUACUGAUGGCGAGGACGUCCUCCAGGGGAGGAGUUCUCACAUCCUUCCCACUAUACGUGAGUCUAUGGCCCGCAGGGUGCCUGAGAGUGAUGGUCCUCUAGAUGUGUCAAGCCUUUUCCAAGGUCAUGAUGAAAAAUGCAGGAAGAAGCAUGUGGACCUGGGCUCCACAGACCCAUCAGUAGAGAAACCAAGCAAGGAGGAACACACAAGCAAGCAGAAAUCGUUUUCAUGGCCAAACUUCUUCUCCUAUUCAUAUAACUUGGCUUCUACUGUAAUGGAUGACAUCAGCAUGAGCAGCUCCAGCUCAGGAGAGUUGUGGGAUUUCGCCGAGCCCAAGCUGACCGGCCACUCACACACGCUACAGCUCUCGUCAGAUGAGAUCCAGGAUGUAGGGCAGCGGUUGAAGCAGCACCAGUGGCAGAACCGCAGUGUGCCAGACUGGUCGUGUCAGCAGGUGUGUCUCUGGCUCAUGGGCCUGAACCUGGAGCAGUACAUCCCUCAGUUCACUGCCAAGAACGUGGAUGGAGAGCAGCUGCUGCAACUCGACAGUGAUGCACUCAAAGAUCUAGGUGUAGCCUCUUCUCAGGACCGCGCUGUGUUUAAGAAGAAGCUGAAGGAUCUGAGAGUGCUGAUGGAGAAGGCCUGCAGGAAACACGAGAAACUGCAGAAGCAGGUGGAAAAACCACACAUGAAAGAACUGGAGCGAGCACAGAACGAGUGUCACAAAAACAGCAAGACCUCUGAGCCAAGAGUACUGCAGAGUGACGGCAUUCAGUCACGAAAAUAACUUCUGAGAGAUGUGUCUUGUAUUUUAUGGUACUCUAGUCUGGGCUCCAUUUAGCAGACAUCAGACAUCUCACUGGAAAAUGCACUGCUAAUGAACUGCCACUGGAGAACAUAAACCAAACCAUCCUGACUAACUGAUCCUUUUAACUGUAAUUAAAAAAUUUUUUCAACAGGUUUAAACUGCUUGCUCAUCUGCGAGGUGUUUAUUUAUUUGCAUUUUAGCUUGAAAUGUAUUAACAGUAAUUCUGGCAUUUCAAGGACCUUUAAACAUUACAAAUUUGCAUACAUAUAUAUAUAUAUAAUAUAACAUAUAUAUAUAAUAUUUCAUGUGCCAUUUUCUAUUGAGACCAAGAUGUGUGGUUUACUCUGUGUAAAAAAAAAUCUCUUGGCUUAAAGCACAUGUGAUAGAGAUGCAGUGCUGCUCUCAUACUGUCCGAAAGCUUGAGUGCUGCUCACUGGAAAUAAGGAAAUCUUACUGUGAAAAGAGAGCCAUUCCAAGUAUUCCAAGAAAUAUCCCAGACCUGGCACUAAAUCCAUCAUUCUUUGUGGAUACUGUAUACCUGUAGCUGUAUUAACACUUCAGUCUGCUGUUUAGUGUCCUGUAUCCCUCAGUGACAGAAAAACGCAAGUCUGCUGUUCAGAGCCUAGUGCAAGAAAAGAAACAGCGAGGAAUAAUCAAGUGGAGGCCUGAACAUGUGACUGUGCAGCCACACUGGAAAAAACGAUACCGAAAACGCACUCCAAUGACGACAGAACGGAUCGCCGAGACGUCCUGCUGCUUCUUCUUCCUCACCGCUACCUGCUUUUAGUCGUUAUUUGACUGCAUUUGACUCAAGUGCUGCCUUCUGAACUACCGCUGUAUAGAUUUUGUAUAGAAUAGCCGCUCUGAGUGUGUGAAACCCCCUGACUACGGUAGUCUCAACAUCUGAAUGGUGUUCAGUAGCUAACAAACCUGCACUUAAAGCAGACUUAUUCAAAUUUAUUAUUUAAUGCAUAUUAUAUAAAUGUUCUUUUAUUUCCCCGGACAGUGAAAUGAGAUUUGUUUUGUCCAUCAGACUGCUGUGUUCAUGCUCGUCGGUUUUAGCUCAGCACCAUAUCAUGGGGAAAAAAAGUAUUCCAAAAUACUUUUAAUUCAGUAUAUUUAAUACUAGCAAGUAUUGAUCCUAAUCCAUGACUCUAUUGUGAUUUUUUUAAUGUACAUUCAAUACAUGAGAUAUUUCUAUCAGAUAUCCUGUCGCUUGUUUAAUAUUCAGCUGUAGUAUAGUAGCUCUUCAUUUGCUUUGUUGUUUUUACUGAUGCAAUUCUACACGUUUGUGUUCAUAUUUCUACAUUUUCGUGUUUCCCUUCAUCCAGUGAAUAUCUUUUCCGUGAACACAAUUGUUUUGUUCUGCUGUAAUCAGUUCCAUGUUUACAUUUGAAAAUUGUGAUGAUUUCAAUAGAAACACAAGGGCAGCGCUGCAGGGUAUCAGGCUGUGCCGAAUCAUUGUGUGAAUCCUAAAAGUUCUCACAAGGUAUGUUGGACUUUGCUCCACAUAUGCUUGUAUUUCCUGUCAUUUAGCUACAGUGUGUUAGGAACCUUUUUCUUAUAAGGAGUUUGUCUGAAUUAUUUAUUUUUCAAAUCUAAAAAAAUAUUGACAAAAAAGCACCUGAUGUAAUUUAUCAACAAAAUAUUAUAUAGUCAUAUUUAUGCCAAAAAUCGUUCCGAAGUGAUCUGUCUAUCCCUGUGAUCAUUUAGUUUCUAUCCUUUAUGUCGAUCCACCGUAAAUGUUUGAAAAUCAGACUGCUGCUUUCAGAUAUCUGUCAGUCAGCAACAUGCCAUGACUUUUAUAUACAUAUAUAUAUAUAUAUAUAUAUAUAUAU